AAAAAAAAACGAUACACGCAGAAUUUUGCCUGAUUAUUUUACCUGUUUAUUUACCUGUUUCUUUCAGUCAUUAAAUUUCACAAUACUUAAAAUAUCAUUAUGGAGGAAAUCUCAGUGAAGCGAGUUAAACAUUUCAAAAACCAAUCUUGCAGAGAGAAUUUGCAGCUUCUCGAUAAAAAAGAUUUAAUUGACAGAAUAUUACAGUUGGAGGCCCACACAUUUCAAUUGAAAAAUAUCAUGAGAAACUCUGACAAGACGCAUGGAAAAUCUGGAUCAAAUCAAUCCGGAAAGCCUUUUGACUUUGUACGGUGCCCCAAAAGACAUAUUCUCCUGAAAUUCUACUAUCUCGGAUGGAAUUAUCAUGGAUUCGUGGAACAGGAAGAUACAACUAACACAAUAGAACAUCACAUUUUCGAGGCAUUGAGAAAAUCUUGUUUGGUAGAAAACCGUAAAAGCUCUAAUUAUCACAGGUGUGGAAGAACUGAUAAAGGUGUGAGUGCAUUUUCUCAAGUGAUCUCCCUAAACGUCCGAAGUAAAUUAAUUCCUAGCGAUCAAAAGGGGUUCCAUAAAGAAUUGUCGUACUGCAAGAUGUUAAAUAGGAUUCUUCCGAAAGAUAUCAAGUGCAUAGCAUGGGCUCCAGUGGGAGACAACUACUCUGCUCGUUUCGACUGCAAAAGCAGAAGUUACAAAUAUUUUUUCCCUAAAGGAAAUCUUGAUAUUGAUGGUAUGAAUAAAGCAGCUAGUUACCUAGUUGGCCACCACGAUUUCAGGAAUAUUUGCAAGAUGGAUGUCGCCAAUGGAGUUGUCACAUUUGCUAGAACUAUUCAAGAUGCUAGAAUCAUCUGCCAUGAUGAUGAAAAUUCUGAGAGAUCAGGGUACAAUAUGUGUCAUCUUCUCAUCAAAAGCCAAGCCUUCCUCUGGCACCAGAUUAGAUGCAUAAUGGGGAUAUUAUUACUCGUAGGGCAGGGAAAAGAGAAGCCAGAAAUAUUUCUGGACCUAUUUGACAUUGAGGUCUGCCCUCGAAAACCCCAGUACAGUCUAGCCCAUGAAGUCCCCCUGAACUUAUUCCACUGCGAUUAUGAUGACGUAGAAUGGUUUUAUGACGAUGAAGAAUUGCUUUUAACAAUUAAAACUCUGCAAAAGGAUUGGACGUUUAAUGCUGUGAAGGCUGCCAUGGUUAGGAGUAUGCUUGAAGACCUGGAGGAUCGCGUUAAAAGUGAAGAGAGUCUGAGCUUCCAAAACGAAGGCCUAAUCCAAGGUGUUCAAUCUAAAAUUUAUCAGCCACUGAUGGAAAGAAUAACUUGUGAAAGUUUGGAAAAUCGUAUUAAACAUUUUGAAAAGAAAAGGAAAAUUGCAGUGGAACACAGAGAAUAGCCUCAAUAUAAUCUGAUCAAUAAAUUGAGGAGGGAAUACCAAUUGGUAUCGCUUGGUACGUGUUUUUUUUUUUCUAAAAAAAAAAAAACCAUCAUCACAUACUGAUUACAUUGAAACUCAACUCAACACCAAUUUGACAAUUACGUUAUGAUCACAAUGAAAACGCUGAAAAUUGGCAUAAAAUUACGAAUUCAAUUUUAUUGAAUAUUUAGUGAUGUAAGUAUCCUA